AUGGCGGAGCGGAUGGCCAGAGAGCGGGCCAAUGGCGAUGAGGAAGAAGAAGAGGAGGAGGAGGAGGAUGAAGAGGAUGACGAUGAUGACGAUGAAGAGGAGGAUGACGAAGAGGAAGAGGAAGAGGAAGAGGACGAAGACGACGACGACGACGAUGAGGAGGAGGAGGAGGAGCCGCAGCUGAAGUCAACGAGGCUGACCCAACAUCUCGGCGCAGUCUAUCGCAACGGCGAUGCGACCAGCGCCUGUCUCGUCGCAGGCGACAAGAUGAUUAUCGGGACGCAUAACGGUAACAUCCAUGUUAUCCAAUUGCCCGGAUUCAACACUCUGCGAGUAUACCAUGCACACUCUGCUUCCGUCACUGCCAUCUCGAUAUCGCCGUUUCCCCCCCCUCUCCCGGACGAAAAGGCCGAAAUGCUACAGCGAACACAGACUGGACUGGCGGGACCGGCGACAAGGCCACCUGAAAUGUCUCCGUCGGCAGCAUCGAAAAGGAUGAGGGAGGUCCCGCAGGUACCCCGAACUCCGUCGAACGAUAUCUACAUUGCCACGUCGUCAAUGGAUGGCAACGUUUGCGUGCAGUCGUUGGUCGACCUGAAGGAUGUCCAGCUUCGCAACUUUGCCCGGCCGGUGCAGGCCGUGGCAUUGUCGCCAGAGUACAAGUCGGAUCGGACGUAUCUUUCUGGUGGACGAGCAGGUCAACUCAUCCUCACAGUAGGCGGUGGUCCGGGUCGAAGCACCUCGACCACAGUCGGCACUGCGGCCGCCGUGGCAUCUGACUGGCUUUCUACCAUAGGCGUCAAGAACAGCGGAGGAAAGGACACGGUGCUCCAUUCGGGUGAGGGAAUCAUCAACGCCAUCAAAUGGUCCCUCUCGGGGAAGUACGUUGCUUGGCUCAACGAGCACGGCACCAAAAUCAUGAGAUCCAAGCUUCAUCUCGACAGCACCGAACUCGAAGAUGCUUGGAAGAGAAUUGGUCAUGUUGACAGGCCGCACACGAGCGAAUGGGAAACGAUGGCUGGUGUCUGGAAAGGCCGCGCUGAGUGGAUCGACGAGAAGCUGGUCGAAAGUGAUGAGUCGGAGCAGGGCUCCCACGAUCCCGUGGCAUCUCCAACUAUCCCCAACACAAAGGCCGUUGAACGGCUCUUGGUCGGCUGGGGAGGAACAAUGUGGAUUAUCCAUGUACAUCCGGGGGGCGUUGGCCAUGGUCGACAAGCUGGUGAGAAGACCAUUGCGCGUGCUGAGAUUGCCAAGAUUCUCCAUAUCGACUGCAUCAUUUCCGGAAUUUCUCUAUAUGCCCAGAACCAGCUGCUUGUGUUAGCAUACUGCUCUCCAGAGGAUGAAGACGAUGCCGCAGAUGACGACAGAUCUGGUCCAUCACAUGCGCGGGACACAUCCAAGCAGCAAAAGUCUAAGCAGUCCACUUCAUCUGCGGAGCGUGAUCAGCACCAUGGCCAACGGCAACGCUUGAAUGCCCUGCCGCCAGAGUUGAGGCUGAUUGAUCUCAAGUCUCAGGCAGAGGUGGACCGACACAGCCUUGCCAUUAAUCGCGUCGAUAGACUAUCUGCGGCCGAUUAUCACAUGUGUCUGUUGCCUGCUCGCAAUGCCGCCUCUGUAGUGGCUUCGACAAAGAGCGCCUUGGAGGCACUUGCCGGGAUUGGUUCCGACAUGUGGAAUGUUGCCAUCAAUCCAAAGGCCCUCUUCAGCUCAGGCGCCAGCAUACUCAGUAGGGAGAGCGGCGACGACAAUGCUUCCGUCUCGAAAGCCGGCAGCAUUGCAGGUACCAUCCGAUCGAGCGCCAUGAGAGCCCGGGUUCCCACCGUGCACCCUACACUAUCUAAACCAGGGGUCAAGAUAUUCAUCCACAGUCCAUACGACUGCGUCCUGGCCACUAAGAGAGACCUUUCCGACCAUCUUACUUGGCUCGUGGAGCGCGAGCAGUACCAGCAGGCAUGGGAACUUCUCGACGAGAAUCCUGAUAUCCUUGCCGAUUCGCUCGAUGGCGUUGUAGAUUCGGGGGUGCCUUCUACCCCGUCCAAGCAUCCCUCCGGAGCCGACGACUUCUUCGACGAUGAAUCUGUGGCAGACACGACUCAGAGGGAUCUAUAUUCUGCAGUGGAAAAGGAGAAGAGACGGAUCGGAGAGCUGUGGAUUCGAGAAUUGAUUGACGAGGGCGAUUGGGAAAAGGCUGGCGAAGUCUGCGGCAAGGUUCUCACGACUCCUGAUCGGUGGGAGAAGUGGGUGUGGACGUUUGCAGGCGCCAACAAGUUUGACGAAAUCACCAAGCACAUGCCCACGAAGCCGAUGAAGCCGCCGUUGCCGACGACCUUGUACGAGGUGCUCCUAGGACAUUAUAUCCAGAACAACAAGCCUCGGUUCAGAGAGCUGAUAGACACCUGGCCAACCGAUCUUUUUGAUAUCCCCGCCAUCACAACGACGCUUGAGAAUCAGCUCAAGUACCGUGAUGUUCGCGAGAACAGCGUCGAGGACGGCGAAAGGGGUCGAGACUGGCGCAUCGUCGUGGAAAGCCUGGCCAAGCUGUACGAAGCUGGCGGGCGGCAUCGCGAUGCGUUGAGGUGCUACAUUAGGCUUCAAGAUGCAGAUUCGGCUUUCCGCUUGAUCGGCGAUUACCACCUCGCGGACGCCGUAGCAGACGACAUUCCCGCCUUUAUCGGACUCCGAGUCUCCCCCGAUCAACUGAAGCACAUGACCGAGCAUGAGCUUGUGGCGGCCACAAGCGAGGCCAUCACUCUCCUGGUGGACGAGGCUCAGCACGGCCUCGUGCGGCCUGAAGUUGUCGUGGAGCAGCUGCAGGCAAGGAACCUCCAGCUGUACCUCUUUUUCUAUCUGCGUGCACUCUGGAGGGGCCAAGGAAUCGCAGAGCACACUGGCGAAAACAUCGAACGGCUGGUUCAGGAUAGUCAAUCCCUCGUGGACAACUUUGCGGACCUGGCCGUUCGGUUGUUUGCCAUGUAUGACAGGCCUCUUCUCAUGGAGUUUCUGAAGACCUCAACGUCGUAUGGAUUCGAAAAGGCCGUCCAAGAAUGCGAGCAAUACUCAUACUACGAUGAACUGGUCUACCUCUACUCCAAAACGGGCCAGAUGAAGCGCGCGCUCUACCUCAUCAUCGACCGCCUCAACGACGUCAACAAGGCCAUCGACUUCGCCAAGGAACAAGACGACCCCGACCUAUGGGAAGACCUGCUCAACUACAGCAUGGACAAGCCCAGCUUCAUCCGCGCCCUCCUCGAACAAGUCGGCACGACCAUCAACCCAAUCACCCUCGUCCGGCGCAUCCCAGAAGGGCUCGAGAUCCAGGGCCUCAGGGAGGGCCUCAUCCACAUGAUGAAGGAGCACGAGCUCCAGCACAGCAUCAGCUGGGGCGUCGCCACCGUGCUGCGCAGCGAGGUCGCCACCGCCCAGAGCGAGCUCCGCACGGGCCAGCGCAAGGGCAUCAAGUUCGAGGUCAUCGAGCAGGUGGACGCCAACGCCGCCGCCGCCGAGGACGAGAAGAAGGCUGACGGCGGCGCGCCCAAGCCCGGGCAGUGCGCAAAAUGCCUCGAGACGUUUACAGAGUACGAGAUGGAGGCCCUGAUGGGGUUCGUGUGCGGCCAUGCCUUCCACGUGAGCCAUUUGCUCGAGAUGCUGCAUAAAGGCAGACAGGUCGAUCUCGACCUCGGACAUGGGCCUGAGGAGGGAGGGCGCUAUUCGAUCGGCAUGAAGGUCAUGAAGGCAAGGCUGCUGAGGGACAGGGUAAGAGGAGGCUGUCCAAUCUGUCAUCCGGCGGAGGCGUAGAGAGGUACACGUAAUGUUGCAUUGUCUUUAUGUACGUGGGCG